AUGGUGAGAACGCUGCCUCCCGGCCCGGCGCUGACAACUGUAGUCCCGACGGUCGUAAUCGACGUGCCCGGCGGCAUGCUCAGUUCUGAGGUCGCUCCAGGGGUCGUCGUGGUCGUCAUCGACGACGACGACCAAGACAGCCCGCUGACAAUGGCACCGUUCUGGCAGGUCGAUGCUGCACGCCUAAAGUGUUAG